AUAAUUAUUUAUAACCAAGUGAAGUUAAACUACAGAUCAUUCACUUCAAAAAGCCUUCAGGCUUUGACCUAACGUGAAUUGAAAGUCGUAGAAGUAAAACUUUUAUUAUUAAUUUUUUUUUUUUAAUUAAUGAUUUAAUUAGUUUGUAAAAAUGAGACCGACACUGUUAAUUACGGUCUUGUUGAAUUUAUUAAUUAUUUGCUAUUCAUUGGAAGACUGGGACGGUUCAUCGGUUUGUAGAAAAAGAGUCAGCAAACAAGUAUCGAGAUACGUUCCAUACAUCGAAACCUACAAAAAAAGGAUAUUUAUCUUCAAAAAAACAUUAUCAAGAUACAAUUAUCGAUGGGAGCACUACACACAGUGGGACAUUGAAGAUACUUGCUGCCCGGGGUACGCAGAAGAUCUUAACGUGUGUCGUCCAGUUUGCAGUGGAGAUUGUCCAAUGGGACUCUGCGUACGUCCGGACGAGUGCUCUUGUAACAUCGGAUACAUACUAGUAAAUACCGAAAGCGGUCAAGCAUGUGAGCCACACUGUCCAUUGGACUGCACUUUUGGCACAUGUACAGCCCCAAACACCUGCACCUGUAACGACGGUUAUGAAUUGGAUGACCAAGGGCGUAAAUGUGUCCCUUCUUGCACCUCGCCCAGGUGUGGUCUCUUCAGCACCUGCUUAUCCCCCGAAAACUGUGUCUGUGCUGCCGGAUACAAAAAAGCUUCCGAUUCAAAAAUCGAAGUUCACUGUGAACCGAUUUGUGAUCCCGCCUGCAGCAAUAACAGUUAUUGCGCAUCUCCGAAUAAGUGUCUCUGCGACCCAGGUUACAAAAUUUCCUCAGCAACUGGAUCCUCCUCAGAGCCUGUGACAUGUGUACCAGAAUGUUCUCCAGGUUGUGAAAAUCACAGUUCGUGCAUCGCUCCCAACAAAUGUGAAUGUCACUCCGGCUACGCGUCAUCGAGCGAUUUGGCAGAACAGAACGGCGACUCAAUGACCCAGUGUUAUCCAGUCUGUGUACCUUCCUGCGGUCCUCACGGUAUCUGUGAGUCUCCAAACAAGUGUAGCUGUAACACGGGGUUCAAUUUGAUAAUCGAACGCAACACCACAACAUUGGAGAUGACAUCAGUGACAUGUCAGCCUAUUUGCGAUCCCCCGUGUGGAAUCCGUGGAGACUGUGUCGCCCCUAACACGUGUUCCUGUGAUAAAGGAUGGAAAAUAAUGGUCAGCCAGCUUGCCGACAAGAUUGACCGCUACUGCACGCCGCACUGCGAGCAAGCCUGCGGCGAGUUUUCAACCUGCAUCAAAACGGAUGUAUGCGAGUGUCAUCCGGGUUACCAAAUAAUCCCCUCGGACCAAGCCCAUUUAAAUUCCUCCGAACCCAUUAACUGCCGCCCAAUCUGCGAAAAACCCUGCAUCAAUGGAGUCUGCGCUUCCCCGAACAGUUGCGACUGCAAUGACGGCUAUAUUCUAGACACCGACGAUCCCUACAACUGCGAACCAAAUUGUGGAAAAGAAGGAUGCAUCAACGGGUUCUGUUCGGCUCCUGAACAGUGUACAUGCAACAAAGGCUAUCAAUUGAGCAACAAUUCACAGUCGAUUUGUGAUCCUGUUUGUAACAACUGCGUAAACGGAGCUUGUAUUGCUCCUAACGCGUGUGUUUGUAAUCUAGGAUACGAGGAAAACGAAGCUGGUCAAUGUGUUCCUAGUUGCUACGGCCGGUGCAUCAACGGGAGUUGUAUUGCGCCCAAUAAAUGUCAAUGUAAUGCGGGCUUUGUUUCUAACUUGGACAGCGAUAAUUUGGAAAGUAGUUCGCCUAUGUGCAGGCCGCACUGCACGUCCAACUGCACGAAUGGCACGUGUACGUCACCAGAUGUCUGCAUUUGCAAUCCAGGUUACGAGAAAAAUGAUAAAGAAGAGUGUGUGCCGAAUUGUGAUGGACGUUGCAAUUUUGGACAUUGUGUUGCGCCGGGUGAGUGCAAUUGCUAUUCCGGUUACGUCGCAGUAGAUGAUCCUAUCAGCCCGUGUCAGCCAUACUGCAAAGACGGAUGUAUUAAUAGUUUGUGUGUCCGUCCUGGUACCUGUCAGUGCGACUCGGGUUACACUGCUAGCAGUAUUAAUGCCAGUUAUUGUGAACCUAUUUGUCAGGGUGACUGUACUCACGGCGACUGUAUUGGACCAAAUGAUUGCCAGUGUCAUCAAGGGCUCGUAUGGCGAAAACCAAACAAUGAAACAGAGUCUGAUGGUGGCGGUAAAGAGUUUGGUAGCUGUGUCAAUCCUUGCGAAGGUGGAUGUGGAGACCAUGGGAUUUGCAAUGUCGAAAACCGGACGUGCGACUGUUUUUACGGAUGGGCUGAUCAAAACUGCGGGUCUGCCUCGCUCUGCGGGAUUAUCCGCAACGACGGCGAUGAGGAUUUACUCCGAUGGAUCGUCGAUAGAUUUGGGACGGCUAACGACACCGUCAACAAUUUGGAGGCCAUAAACUGGCACGGGCCGUCUUGCAACGCAAAAUGUAGCCUCAGUAGUGCUAGCAGUAACGUCACCGAAUGCUUCCGUCUCCUUGCGUUCAACAACGACUCGAAAGAUCAGCGAUACAACCAAAGCCAUGUCUACGUUUGCUUUCUCGAUUUCACGUCGUCGUGCAACUCAGAGAGUCUCAAGACGAGCAAUGUACCUCUUACUAGCAUAGUGAGCGUGGUACCCGUCAUAAUAGCAAUUGCCGUAGUCGCCGGAAUAAUUUUGAUAGUGGUUAAACGACGCAAAAGCCAGAUCUUCCAGAUUAAUGUAAUCAGCACGGACAACCUGUUGGAACCGUCAUCCGAGCUCACGAAUUCACUGAUCUACUGCGACGAGGACUUUUCGUCGACACGUUCUGUGAAUGCGCAAGAGAGUAAGAAUAAGUGAGAGGGUGAGUGAGUGUUUAGAUUAUUUUCUUAAUGUUUAAAUGUGGAUAACAAAACGUGGGACAAAUUAUAUUUUUAUUUUUAUUUUUAUUUUCAUACUUCG